AUGCGCCUCUAUGAUCUGACUGUGGAGGCUCCCCAGCUUCACCUGGUAAAGCCCAGGGACCCUCAAAGAGAGAACCCGAGGCUCAGCUUGGAAGAGGCGCGCAAGGAGUGGCUGAUCGACCGGCUCGCCGAGCUCUUGGUGUUCGGGGAUUCUUGCUCCCAGUGCAGAGGACGAUAUCAGCUUGAGCUACGGGUGAAGGAGGGUGAGGUUGUCGUCCCUGAAUGCUACAAGUUUGGCAGCGGAGCAUACGUGACCUAUGAGCUGCUAGCUCAUGAGAAGGAGCAGGCGCGGAUGCAGGCGGCGAAGGAGGAAGCUGCAGCAAGACUCGCCAGGCGGAAAAGCCGCGGGAUGGAAGACAUCGAUGGCGAGGACCUCGCGGAUGGAUUUCCGAUGGACGAUGCCGAGCUGGAUGGAGAACCCCUGGAGUUAUCCACGCCAGGUGAGAUCUUCCAGGCAGUUGAGCUCGCAAAGCAGGCUCCGGAGGCCUUGGCUAGCUACUUGGGCACCGUGGGAGGUGCUGAGGAGCUCCUUGGGAACUUCGUCCUUGGCGCAGCCCUCGUAGAGAGCUCUCCGUCGGAGGAGGUCAUCAGCGUGAUCAGCGCUGAGGAGACGCAGGGCCGAGCACAAGAGGCAGCGCAGGACGACUCCCAGGAGAUGUUGGACAUCCAGCGCCCCGACGCCGGCCAAGGCUCGUCCAAAGAAGAGGCCUCACCGGAG